AUGGAGCACGGAAUCACCCCAGACGGAUACCUGCAAGAAGGCCUCACCAGACCUAAGGGUGGCGAGGAGGGAUUUUCCACGUUCUUUGCAGAGACCGGCUCGGGAAAAUACGUGCCAAGAGCUCUGUAUGUUGAUCUGGAGCCCAACGUCAUCGACGAGGUGCGUACUGGAAAAUACAAGAACCUGUUCCACCCAGAACAGCUCAUCAGUGGUAAGGAGGAUGCUGCAAACAACUAUGCCAGAGGACAUUACACGGUGGGAAGAGAACUGCUGGACGACAUCAGCGACAGACUGAGAAAAAUGACCGAUCAGUGCGAUGGAUUGCAAGGUUUCUUGUUUACCCACUCGCUCGGUGGAGGUACCGGUUCCGGUCUUGGGUCGCUGCUUUUGGAACAGUUCUCCAACGACUACGGUAAGAAGUCCAAGCUGGAGUUUGCCGUUUAUCCUGCUCCGCAGGUUUCCACCUCUGUUGUUGAGCCUUACAACACUGUGUUGACCACGCACACCACUUUGGAGAACGCCGACUGUACCUUUAUGGUUGACAACGAGGCCAUUUACGAGAUGUGCCGCAAGAAUCUGAACAUUGCCAGACCAAACUUCAACAACCUCAACAACCUAAUUGCACAAGUCGUAUCAUCUGUGACAGCCUCUUUGAGGUUCGAUGGGUCUUUGAAUGUCGACUUGAACGAAUUCCAAACUAAUCUGGUGCCAUACCCAAGAAUUCAUUUCCCAUUAGUUUCUUACGCUCCGGUCAUGUCCAAGUCUAGAAUUACACACGAGGCUAACUCAGUUGCUGAAAUCACUGCCGCCUGUUUUGAGCCAGGUAACCAGAUGGUCAAGUGCGACCCUAGAUUGGGCAAGUACAUGGCCACCUGUCUGCUGUACAGAGGUGACGUUGUCAACAGAGACGUCCAGAACGCCGUUUCCGUGAUCAAGUCGAAGAAGACCGUCCAGUUGGUCGACUGGUGUCCUACUGGAUUCAAGAUCGGUAUUUGCUAUCAGAAGCCAACCCAGACUCCGGAAUCUGAGCUCGCAGACGUCAGCAGAGCCGUGUGUAUGCUUUCCAACACCACUGCCAUUGCGGAUGCUUGGCAGAAGGUUGACAGGAAGUUUGACCUGAUGUACAAGAAGAGAGCUUUUGUCCACUGGUAUGUCAGUGAAGGAAUGGAGGAAGGAGAGUUUGCUGAGGCUAGAGAGGAUCUUGCUGCCUUGGAGAGAGACUAUGUUGAGUUGGGAGCAGACACCUUCCCAGAUGAGGAGGAAGAAUACUAA